AUGAGUUCAUCAAUCACAAAAGAGGUUAAUGAAAUUUCUUGUUCUCAAAACUCUAUGGAUACUAUUAAACUUCUUCGUGAUCAAAUUGAUAUAUUACUUAGAGACAAUGAGGACCUUAGGCCACCAAAACAAGCGAAACAGAAUGCUUGUUGUAAGUGUGCUUAUGGGAACAAUCAGAGACAAGGCAUGGGCACGCUACCGGAGACAUGUAGAAACAACUUCUACGUGAAGAAAUAUACUUGUUUCCAAUGUGGAACACUUGGACACAUUGCCAGAAAUUGUCCAAAUCGUCCUUAUGUUCCUUACUACAUUCAAGGUUGGCAGAACGUGCCAAGAGGGAGAUCCUCCAAAAGAAACCCUUCAAGGUCACAAUCGCACAAUGGUCAAUGGAAUAUGAAAAAGGCCAAUAAUCAAAAUCCCAAGGACAAGAAGGGAAUGUCAGACAAGAAGCAAAAUUCAAGAGAUGCUUAUGUUAGAUCAAGAUCGUUUAAAUCGAAGGCAUCUCGGAGGUCAGUUUCAAGUUCUAAAGAAAGUGUUGAGGCAUCCAUCCGAUCAAACAAGAACUAG